UACACUUUUUUCACAAGAAAAGAGAACGGAAAAAUUUAUCAUCUCAGAUCCCCCGCGCAGCGCCAUAUAGAAGUCAAUGUUGGGGACGAUGAAACCCACAAACUCAAUCGCAAAAGCAGUAUCUCAUAAACUCAAGAAUAUCAGCAGAACCCCAUUAUCCUCAUCAUCAAUUCCAAAGGAGAAGGUGGAUUGUUUGGUAAUAGGGGCUGGUGUAGUGGGCAUAGCAGUGGCUAAAGAACUUAGCGUAAAGCAUGGUAGAGAAGUUUUGGUGGUUGAUUCUGCCCCAACUUUUGGGACUGGUACUAGUUCUCGCAAUAGUGAAGUUAUUCAUGCUGGCAUUUAUUACCCUCCUAAUUCUCUCAAGGCAUUUUUCUGUGUUAGAGGGAAAGAAUUGCUCAACAAGUAUUGCAAAGAUCAUGAAGUUCCAUACAAGCAGAUAGGCAAGCUUAUAGUUGCUAAUGGUUUAUCAGAGAUUCCAAAGUUGAGUGCUCUCAUGACUCGAGGAAUUCAGAACGGGGUUGAGGGUCUGAGGAUGAUGGAGGGUUAUGAAGCUAUGACACUGGAGCCUGAAUUGCAGUGUCUUAAAGCCUUAUGGUCACCUUCCUCAGGAAUAGUUGAUAGCCAUUCAUUGAUGCUAUCAUUGGUGGGCGAAGCUGAAAGUCACGGGACGACUUUCUCUUACAAUACUGUGGUUAUUGGCGGUCAUGUUGAAGGAAGUCAAAUUCAAAUUCAUGUUUCGGGGAGCAAUGCUAUUGCAAACUGGAAUGGGAGGUCCGAAUUGGACUCUGAACUAGUUCUUAUUCCCAAGCUUGUAGUGAAUUCUGCAGGCUUAAGCGCUCCAGCUAUUGCAAAACGAAUGAAGGGCCUACCUGACAGUAUUAUUCCUGCUUCUCACUAUGCUCGUGGUUGCUACUUCACCUUGUCAAACACCAAAUCCCCUUUCAAGCACUUGAUUUAUCCUAUACCUGAGGUUGGUGGCCUUGGAGUGCAUGUGACCUUGGAUUUGAAUGGCCAAGUGAAAUUUGGUCCUGAUGUUGAAUGGAUAGGAGGAAUUGAUGAUAUUCCGAGCUUCCUCAACAUGUAAGUCCUCAUUGAACCCACAUAAUAAUAACUCAUAUAAGUUUUUAAGACAGUUUUAUGUGGAUAAAUUUGACUAUGAUGGUUUCUAAACUAGCUUAUUCUAUUAUCAGUUGUUAUAACGAGGAAAUAUUUUACUUUGCACUUCCUAAAUAUAGAAUGGUCAAUAUAUGAAAAUUUCUUACUUUAGGUUGUGUUAAUAUUGGCAAUGAAGUUCCAUGGUGUUGCUAUAUGUAACACUUAAUAUUAUUUUGACGAGUUGUUAGUAAAUAUAGUAUAUAAUUAAGUUUUGGGUUUCCAACCUUUUGUAUUUAUCUAAGAAUAUUUAGUAAUCGGGGAACCAUUUUAUUUCAUAUCUGUCCAUAAACUCCCUAUUCUUCUACUCUUCAGAAACAAAGAAGAAUAACUAUCUACCUCUCUCUCUUUCUAUCUCUAUCUUUCUAUCUCUAUCUCUCUAUCUCUAUCUCUCUCUCCUCCGUAGGAACAAGAAGCUGAAGUUUCAUCAAAAAAAAAAACAUGGAUUUCUACUAAAUCAACGCACAAAAUUCGUUUUUGGUGAAGAUCAAGUUGCUCCUCUUGGUA